CAGCCAUGUUCAUGAAGAAUCUGAAGAGAGGCGGGGAAUCUUGUUGACGUAUAUGCCCCUCCCACCGAACUCCCGGAAGUGCGGUCCUAGCUGGACUGCACCUUCUUUACACGAAAAGAAAUUCUCCGGUUACACGGGAGAUUCUAUGAGCUGGCACCUAACAUUGUGCCAAUGGAUUAUACAGAUGACCCAGAUGUCAAACUGCCAAUGCAGCUAAUAAUUAACAUGCCAGAGCUUGUGGAAAAUCCUUUUAAGGAGAGAAUUGUGCAGUCUUUCUCUGAAGAUGGAGAAGGAAACCUCAGUUUCAAUGACUUUGUGGAUAUGUUCUCUGUGAUGAGUGAAAUGGCUCCCCGGGAGCUUAAGGCUAUCUACGCAUUUAAAAUUUAUGAUUUCAACACUGACAACUUCAUUUGUAAAUCAGAUCUGGAGAAAACCCUGAACAAACUGACAAGAGAAGAGCUCGAGGAAGAGGAGGUGAAUCUGGUCUGUGAGAAGGUUAUUGAAGAAGCUGAUAUGGAUGGGGACGGCAAACUGGCAUUUGCAGAUUUUGAGAACAUGAUUUCCAAAGCUCCAGAUUUUCUCAGUACUUUUCAUAUACGAAUAUGAAGAUUUAGCAAUUGGAAGGUUUUGCUGGUUCAUAACUGCUGAAUCUCAGGCAUCUCCAGGCCCUGGCCUCUCUUACUGUGCAAAUACAUAAACAAAAGAGCUCCAUCUGCUGAGAUGAAGCUGACCUUGCAUCAGGAAUCUUUUUCCGAAAUUUGAGGAUGCGUUUUCUUGCUGUCUUUUUUAUUCCUUCAAUUUUUAUUAAUUAUAUUGAUGCAAAAAAAGAAGAACAGAAGAUCUAGAAUUUGAACAGAAGGGGAUUAUAGGCCUUAUUUGCUGAAUGGAUAAAGAAGUGGAAAAUAGGAAAUGACAAUAUGAACACAUCUAAGUGCAGUCUUGCUGCAGAAGAAAACAUGCAGCCGUGUGACAUCACAUUUAAUGCAAUCUUCAUUUAACAGGAUUCCUUUUUUUCCUGGUAAGUAUAAUUAGCACCAGUGAUUUGGAACAAGUAUUUUUUCCAAAGGGCUUUUUCUUGACGAAGUAUAGCAUGUCCUGCAAGAAUUCAGAUUUAAAAUCCAUUUUAGGAAAGCACAGGAAGCCAUAUUUUGUCAAUUGAGAUUAAUGUUCUCUCUCUAUAUAUAUAUAUGUACCUAUACCACAAAAAACAUGAGAAUAUGUGGUGCUUUGUGCUAUCUUCUCUUUUCUAUAAUACUUCGGAGCCCUUGUCUUUCAUCACUGACAAUUUUACAGACAAGCUGGAACGUAUGAAAACAUUAAGAAAUAGGUAUGCAAAUGACUUGAUAGCUGUUAUGAACUCCAACUCCACUCCAAUAUUUUAGUGGCUUUUGAGCACAGUGUGUGCAUUUUUCAGCAAGGCAAUACAAAUCUGUUCACAGUUUAAUGGAAUUAAGUGGAAGUUUAAUAUGUACAAGAAAGGUUAUAAGGGCUAGAAUGGGCGACAGAAGCUCACUCCAAACUAGGGGCACAAUGAGGAUAAAAAGCACUGGAACGUGAUACAUAAGUGGACUUUUUAAUGACUGUGCUUUUGUAGCUUUGUAGCUUCUCACAUAAAAACUACUAUGGUGCCUUUCAUAUCAAAGCUGCAUUUAUGUAUAUCUCCACUAGAACUUCCCUUUGAUCCAUUGGUCCAUUUAUGGAGCAAUUAAAGAGGAAAAAAAAUGCUGUUAUCACACUUUUCUACAAUGUUUCAUUAAGUUCUUAAGUUCUAACCAAUGUGACAGAAGGUAGAGGGUUUCCAGAGUAUUUCUGUGGCAGCUGUCACAGUGUGUAUUUUAUUUGAAAUGUUUUUCAUUUGAAACAGGGGUGGGCCAUGCCCUAGGCAACCUGGUCGGCCACCUCGCCCCUGCACCUCCCCUCCUUGUGCUUGUGCUGUGCCCCCACCUUGUAAUGACAACCAGUGGGGGCAAGAGAAGGAAGAGCGUCUAGGGGUAGGCAGGAGAGGUUUCUGCCUGGCGCCCCCCAAUCACAGCGCCCUAGGCAGGUGCCUCUUCUGCCUACCGCUAGUUCCAGCCCUGAUUUGAAAAUUAUUCUGUGACUUGCUGCAGUCCCAUGUAGCAUCCACCUGUUCAUUACCUGCUAUCCUCUUUGCUUAGUAUUGCAUCCAGUAGUAAAACUUGUGCAUUGGUUGGAAAGGAAAAUUAAAUACAACAUCACUAUUGGAUAUAUAACUGCCUUAAAGUAAUAUUUACAAGGGGCUUCUGCAGAGGGAAUACAGAUGGUGUCAAUCCAGGGAAGAAAGAACUGCUGCCUAGCAGUGACCUCCUUGUGUGGUAUUAUCUUUUGUCCCCUUGUGAAAUGAGAUUGAUAAAAAAGCCUUGAUUUUUUUUUGGAAAAAAAGCUUUGCUUCCCCCCAAAAUUUUUUAUUUUGAUACAGUGCAAUUAAAUGAUCAUGGACAGAAAUGUUCUGUCACCACACCACAAUAAUGUUGGAUUUCUUCAUUGAGUGGUCCUCAAGGCUGACAGUAGCAUACAUUGCUAAACGUACACAAAAGAAAAUAUGUUUUGAUGCAACUUCUAAUUUUAAUUUAGGAAAUGUAAUUGAAUAUAAAAAUCUCUUCCUACAAGGACACCAAAGACAAAUUAAAAGCAAGAAAAAUACAUGUAUAUUCUGUGUGAUUCCCCCCUUUCUUCUGUAGAAAUGUCUUUAAAAUGAUGUAUAGGUUAAUAAAAAAAAAUAUUUUUAAUAUAUUGCAUAAUGCUGUGCUGUACAGCUUUACAUGUAGUGGGCUACUUAUUUCCCAUAUCUUGUGCUCGAAUAUAAUAAAAAUAUAUAAUAUACAGAAUUCUGUUAAACCCUUGAGAAGACUGGGGAGCCAUAAAAAUCACUUGGCCACUGGGCUGCCAGUAGGACAGCCUUUGCAUGAGCAUUUCUUAGCUGAGGUCCUCCCAUUACAGCUACUUGGGCUGUAGGCAGUGUAUUUCUCAUAGUUAGGGUCGAUUGUGGUGAUUUGACCAAUGCUGUUUUUUGACAUAUUCCACUGUUGCUAAGCACAGCAUGUAACGUUUCUGCCAGCAUUUGUAUAUAUAAAGGGGCCCACCAGCUGUCACUUAAGAGAAGCAGGAGUUACCCACCAGUAUUGGUGUUCAAAGGCUUUUUGGAGACCUGGGCUUUCUGCAGUGGCACCUCCACUUGACUUUGGGUAUUCACACUAGAACCAGUAGUAGAACAAAUCCAGGGCAACAUUUUGGGCCCAAUCUGGGCCCUUUAUAAGGCUUGAUAUGUGUAUAUGGGCUAAAUAAACACCCCUUUUUAACUUUGCAA